AUUUGGGCGGCUGCCUUUUCAAUCCUGCCCAGAUUUGGGCUGCCUGCUAACACAACACGUGUGUAUACUAAACCCAAGAAAGUGUCUAUUUUUUUCAACCGAGGAGGGGAGCAGUACACUCUAUUGUUUGUCUUUGCCAACUCUUGUCAUUUAGCGGCGACUAUAACACACACGAGGGGGGUUCGGUUGAACUUGUACAGUAAUAAAUUCCCACUCCUUUGAACCAAAAGCUAGCUUAGCUGCUUUGGCUAUUAUACAAGUCAAGUCAGAUACUAGGGUACACAAUUGCUCCUAGCCAUUUCAGUAUACAUGAUACCAGUUUCAGUUUGUAAGGAAAUCGACACGUCUGUGAUACACAUGCACCGUUUGGCAACACACAAGCGCGCUAGAAAGACCAACAAGGUGAAAAAUGAGUAUCACCGUUUGUGCAACCAUGUGCGAAUUCGUGGGGAUUCAAACGGCGGUCUUCACAUUUGCACCCAAAUGUGUCGUCUUUGUUAAGAAACAUCCCCUUAAUUAAUCCUAACUUUAGUCGUACGUGUGAUUAGGAGGCCAAGUUUCUAAUUGAUGCUACAAGCGGGUGGACCCACUUGCGUACGUAGAGAGAGAUAGUGGGGGCCCAGCUGUCGUAUGAACCUUGACAAAGCAUAACGUGGGUGGGCCCGACGGAUGACAUCAGGCCCACUAAUACAGAGAGAGAGAGAGAGCCGUGCCAGCUCUACCAUCUCCUUUCCUUUCUGCAUCCCUCUCCAGCUGGCCUCCCCUUUCCUUGUCUGGAGUCAAUCAUCAUCGUCUUUCUAGCUGUGUUGCUUCUUCUUCUUCUUCUUCUUCCCCUCAACAGAAAAGCAAAUCCAAAUUCAAAUCCCUUUGGCGUCGCCACCGAUCGAUCCGCCAUGGCUCGUCGUCCUCAGAACGGCGGAUGCGUCCGCUGCUGCCUCGGCUUCCUGCUCAAGUUCCUCGCCUUCCUCCAGGCCUUCGCCGCCGUCUCCGCCCUCCUCUACGCCGCCUGGAUCCUCUCCCGCUGGUCCCGCCACCACCACCUCCACCUCCACCACCUCCUCCCCGACCUCUGGUUCGCGUGCGCCGUCAUGGCAGCCGGCCUCUUCUACUGCGCCCUCCUCCUCGCCGGAUACGUCGCCGCCGAGAUCAACAGCGGAUGCUGCCUAUGCUUCUACACCGCCUUGGCGAUGGCCAUGAUGCUCGUUGAAGCGGCUUUCGCCUCCCAGAUCUUCCUCAACCAACAAUGGAUCCAGGAUCUGCCGUAUGACCGCACCGGAGAACUCAACAACCUCGUUUCCUUCGUCCAGAACAAUCUCGAUGUCUGCAAGUGGGCUGCUAUUGCAACUCUUGCUACACAGGCACUCUCGCUUUUCUUGGCAAUGGUUUUACGAGCCAUGGUUUCCACCACCAAUGUCGACUAUGACAGUGAUGAAGACUUUGUGGUCAUCAGGAGGCCGCUUCUUCUUGCCCAAGGUGCUCCAGCUUAUCUACCAACGACCACCGACGCUACAGGCGUCCAUCCGGACCUAUGGAGCUCCAGAAUGAGACAAAAGUAUGGACUGAACUCGAGCGACUACACCUACAACACAUUAGAUCAAAAUGCAGUACCACCGCAGUGAGAAAUUGCGGAACAGAAGAAGCGCAUACCUUUGUUCAAAGCAGCUAGUAUAUAUUUGUUGGAAGCACCUAUACUGUACUGCAUUUCUGUCUCUCUCUCUCUCUCUCUGUGAAUGGCAGCCCUGGUUGUGUGUGUGUGUUGUGUACAUAAUUGCAUCUUUACUAAUAAGAGCAUGUGAAUAGCAGCCCUGGUCGGUCGGGACAAAGUAGCCAAAUUAUUGGCCACUAGAAGAUGGAGGGCUAACCAGGUAUUUUUUCUGUCCUAAAAUAUGGCUGGAAUUUUUGUGGCUAUAUAGCCCACAGUUAAUGGGCAUUAGGGCCAUUCUGAAUCCUGACGACCCUUAGUAAAUGAUACUGUAGCUCAGGGUGUGCGUUUGGUUUUCGGUUUGGUUCGGUUUAUACUGUUAAUACGGUUUGUAUACAUCGGUUAAUAAGGUUUUGUACGAAAA